AUGACUAAAAUUUGGAAGAAGAUUCCGGCAACCCUUAAAAGUAUAGUAUUCCUGAUCGGUAAAUGGCGCUCCGAAUUUGGUGGUAAAGCAGUUUUUCCAACAAUUCCAAAAGCCACCUAUGGGGAAGAGGUCGAUUUUAAAUUAAUUACCAAAGGCGACCGCGUGCUCGAUGUUCUUAACUACUCAGCGAUAGCAUGGGAUAGCUGGGAUGGGAAGGAAAUACAUAGCGAAUACGGUUUCUUAUCAGUUGUCAAUAACAACGGUAGUGAUCUCGUUUCAUUAAACGCGGUUAUGAGCAACGGUUUUAUCACGAUUGAAGAAGGAGAAGAACGUGGACUUUCGAUUGAAUUGCGCAUGCAACGAAUUGGACGAAUUAGUUUCAGCCAUGAUCUUCCGGUCCUCAGGAUGUCGAGAAGCUGGACACUACUGGACACUACACAUUUAGAAGCUCGUCUGUCUAUUAGUACUAUAAUUCACCGUGAGAUGACAGAACAUACAAGUAUCAUCUAUGAUAGAAUAUAUCCUUGA